CGUCAUGACGCUAUCCGGAGUCGGAGCCGCGCUGCUGCUGCUGGCGGGAAUAUACCUGGCGCAGGCCAGCCCGCUUGGCGCUCACCUUCAACCCGGCCUGCGCAUGCGCCGGCUGCAGGGCGGAGAAGUGAAGCGGCAGUUUCAAGAUCCCCAAGAGGAACUCGGCAACGGUUUUCCCAGAAAGCCACCGUUUCAAGAUCCCCCGGAACCUGGCCUUGGCAACGGCUUUCCGGGAAAACGGCAGUUUCAAGAUCCCCAGGAGAACCUCGGCAACGGCUUUCCCGGCAAGCGGCAGUUUCAAGACCCCCAGGAGAACCUCGGCAACGGCGUUCCCGGAAAACGGCAGUUUCAGGAUCCCCAUGAGAACCUCGGCAACGGCUUUCCUGGCAAACGGCAGUUUCAAGAUCCCCACGAGAACCUCGGCAACGGCUUUCCCGGCAAGAGGCAGUUUCAAGAUCCCCAGGAGAACCUCGGUAACGGCUUUCCUGGAAAACGGCAGUUUCAAGAUCCUCCCAAGGAGGAACUCGGAAACGGCUUUCCCGGCAAGCGGCAGUUUUAG